AUGGUUGAAUGGACUGCGUUUUGUGCAAAAUCCGGUUACUCGGACACUAGUGGAGAGCCAUAUGCAUGCAUCAAGCUUGCAUUGUUCAUUUGCUUCGAUGCUUUGCUUUUGGUCAUGCUUAUCUUCACAAACGCAUUCUCAUCCAAAAAUGUUCACAUUCCAGCCCGGUUUCAAGGCUUUACCACUCUGCAGAUUGUCUCUGCCAUUUCAAACACCUGUCUUGGAUUCAUAUACUUGUUCCUUGGCAUCUCGAUUUUGGAAGACAAGUUGAGAAAAAACCAGACUGUUAAUUUGCCUUUAAGUUUGUGGUUUCAAACUUUAUUUCACGGAUUCACAUGGUUGUUUGCUGGUUUAACAGUGAGUAUCCGGGUCAAACAACUUCCAAAGGCACCACUACAGCUUUUAUCUAUUCUUGCAUUCUUGUUUUCUGGGUUUGUUUGUUUUCUGUCUCUGUAUGCAACCAUCUUAAACAAACAAAUAACGUUAAAGAUAGCUCUGGAUAUUUUGUCUUUUCCAGGAGCAAUAUUAUUUCUGUUAUGUUCUUGUAGGAAUUAUAAAUAUGAAGGGAUUGAUGAAAGUGGGAUUCAGAAUGGUCUUUAUACACUUUUGACGGAUGAGUCUAAUGGCGUCGUAGAAGGUGAUCUAGUUACUCCAUUUGCCAAAGCUGGGUCUCUCAGUAAAUUUACAUUUUGGUGGUUGGAUUCAUUGAUGAAAAAGGGAAGGGAGAAAACUCUCAGAGAUGAAGAUAUACCAAAGUUGCGUGGAGCAGAUAGAGCAGAAAGUUGUUAUUUGCUGUUUUUGGAGAAAUUGGACAAACAAAAACAUGAUCCUUCUUCUCAGCCAUCAAUUUUGAAGACUAUAAUUUUGUGCCACUUGAAAGAGAUUUUUGUGUCUGUAUUCCUUGCAUUGCUGAAGAUAAUCACUACCUCGGCUGGUCCUUUGCUACUAAAUGCCUUCAUUUUGGUUGCUGAGGGAAAGGAGAGUUUCAAGUAUGAAGGUUAUGUAUUGGCCAUAACACUUUUUCUUACCAAAAGUGUUGAAUCUUUAUCACAAGGGCAGUGGUACUUCAGAACCAGACUUAUUGGUAUGAAAGUGAGAUCUUUGCUCACUGCAGCCAUAUAUAAGAAGCAAUUGAGAUUAUCUAAUGCUGUCAGGUUAAUGCACUCUGGUGGUGAGAUUAUGAAUUACGUAACUGUGGCUGCCUAUAGGGUUGGAGAAUUCCCAUUUUGGUUCCACCAAACUUGGAUGACUUGUCUUCAGCUUUGUAUCUCAUUAGUAAUUCUUUAUUGAGCAGUUGGUCUAGCUACAAUUGUAGCCCUGGUGGUGAUAAUUCUCAUAGUGAUUUGCAAUGCACCUCUCGCUAAGCUACAACAUAGGCUUUAGACUAAGCUAAUGGUGGCGCAAGAUGAAAGAGUGAAGGCUAGUUUAGAGGCUCUAGUGAACAUGAAGGUGUUGAAAUUAUAUGCUUGGGAAAGCCAUUUCAAGAGAUGGUAGAAAAAUUUAAGGAAUGUGGAGUACAAAUGGUUAUCAUCGGUGCAGUCAACAAGAGAAUAUAAUAUCCUUGCUUUUUGGUCAUUUCCUAUUCUAGUCUCUGGUGCAACAUUUGGUGCAUGUUGCUUCCUCAAUGUUCCUCUGCAUGCAAGUAACGUUUUCACUUUCUUGGCAACUUUGAACCUUAUUCAGGACCUUAUUACAUCCAUACCUGAUGUUAUUGGGGUGAUCAUUCAAUCAAAGGUUUCGUUUGCAUGAAUUCUGAAUUUGCUUGAGGCACCUGAGCUACAAACUAAAAAAUUCCACUUCAAGGACGACUUGGAGAGUGUGGAUUGCAACAUUAUUAUCAACUCAGCCGAUUUUUCAUGGGAAGAGAAUUUAGCAAAGCCCUCGUUAAGAAACAUUGAUUUACAGGUUGGACGUAGUAAAAAGGUGGCUGUAUGUGGAGAAGUCGGCUCAGGCAAAUCAACUCUUCUAGCAGCAAUUCUUGGAGAAAUUCCAAAAGUUCGUGGAAAUAUUCAAGUUUAUGGGAAAAUUGCUUAUGUUUCCCAGACAGCAUGGAUCCAAAUAGGAACAGUACAAGACAAUAUAUUAUUUGGCUCUGCCAUGGACGGUCAAAGAUACCAAGAAACACUUGAAAGAUGCUCACUAGUAAAGGAGCUUGACUUGCUUCCCCAUGGGGAUCUAACUGAAAUAGGGGAAAGAGGAGUCAAUUUGAGUGGUGGCCAAAAGCAGAGAAUCCAACUGGCGCGUGCACUUUAUCAGAAUGCUGAUAUAUAUCUCUUGGAUGAUCCAAUCAGUGCUGUUGAUGCACAUACUGCUACAAACUUAUUUAAUGAAUAUGUCAUGGAAGGACUUUCAGGGAAGACAGUCCUACUUGCGACCCAUCAAGUUGAUUUCCUUCAUGCAUUUGAUUCUGUUUUGUUAAUGUCAGAUGGGGAAAUCCUAAGAGCAGCUCCUUACCAUCAGCUAUUGUCCUUGAGCCAAGAAUUUCAAGACCUUGUCAAUGCACACAACAACACUGCUGGUCCUAAAAGGCUUGUAAACAUGACUCCUGCCCAAAAUCAUGGGACAUCUUCAGCUAGGAAGAUCCGAAACAGUAAUGCAGAGAAUGAAUUUAAACCAUCAAAAGGUGAUCAGCUGAUAAAACAAGAAGAAAGAGAAACACGGCACAUGAGAUUAAAGGCUUACAAACAGUAUCUAAGUCAGGACAGAGGGUACUUGUACUUUUCCAUCGCCAUGCUUAGUCAAUUUACCUUCACGAUGAGUCAGAUAGCUCAGAACUCUUAGAUGGCUGCAAAUGUCGAUAAUCCUCUUGUUAGCUCAUUAAUGUUGAUCAUGGUUUAUUUGGUGAUUGGAUUAGCCUCAACGAUGCUUGUGCUUUUUAGAUCUCUUUGUGUGGUUGUUAUGGGUGUUCAAUCAUCAAAGUCUAUAUUUUCGCAACUACUCAACUCCCUUUUCAAUGCACCCAUGUCCUUUUAUGACUCCACGCCUUUGGGAAGAAUACUUAGUCGGGUUUCAAUAGAUAUAAGCAUUGUUGAUAUUGAUAUCCCAUUUAGCUUAAUCUAUGCUGCUGGGGCCUUCAUAAGUACUGUCGCUUAUCUUGGAGUAGUAGCUGUUAUCACCUGGCAAGUCUUGCUUGUCUCAGUACCAACAAUUUAUCUGGCGCUACGUUUACAGAGAUGUUAUUUAUCUACCGCAAAAGAGUUGAUGCGGAUCAAUGGCACAACUAAGUCCUUGGUAGCAAACCAUCUUGCUGAGUCUGUGGCUGGAGUUGUAACAAUUAGAGCCUUUGAAGAAGAAGAACGGUUCUUCAAAAAGAAUCUAGACCUCAUUGACAUAAAUGCAAGCCCAUUUUUUCACAAUUUUGCAGCAAAUGAGUGGUUGAUUCAGAGGCUAGAAAUACUCUGUGCAAUAGUUCUAGUAUCUGCGGCACUCUUCAUUGUCCUGCUUCCUACUGAAACUUACAGCUCUGGAUUAAUAGGAAUGGCAAUUUCGUAUGGUCUUUCAAUAAACGGUUACCUUGUUUUUUCAAUUCAAAAUCUGUGCACUCUUGCAAAUUAUAUAAUUUCAGUAGAGAGGCUAAAUCAAUACAUGCACAUACCAAGUGAAGAACCUCAAGUCAUUGAACAAAAUCGUCCUCCAGCAAAUUGGCCAGCUGUGGGCAAAGUAGAGUUACGUGAUUUGCAGAUCAGAUAUAGGCCAAAUACUCCUCUUGUUCUCCGAGGUAUCAGUUGCACAUUUGUAGGAGGGCACAAGAUUGGUAUAGUUGGUCGAACAGGCAGUGGGAAGAGUACCCUAAUAGGUGCUCUGUUUCGUCUGGUUGAGCCUGCUGGAGGGAAGAUUGUAGUAGAUGGGAUUGACAUUUCUACUAUUGACCUUCACGAUCUGAGGUCUCAUUUUGGAAUAAUACCUCAAGAUCCAACUCUUUUCAAUGGCACUGUGAGGUACAAUUUGGAUCCCUUAUCUCAACAUUCUGACCAGGAGAUAUGGGAGGUUCUUAGAAAGUGUCAGCUUCGGGAGGCUGUUCAGGAUAAAGAAAAUGGGCUAGACUCCUUAGUUGUGGAUGAUGGAUCAAAUUGGAGUAUGGGACAAAAGCAAUUAUUCUGUUUGGGACGUGCCCUUUUGAGGAGAAGUAGGAUACUGGUGCUUGAUGAAGCAACUGCUUCCAUUGACAAUGCAACCGAUAUGAUUCUGCAGAAAACCAUUCGAACUGAAUUCAAAGAUUGCACUGUAAUCACAGUAGCUCACAGAAUACCAACUGUGAUGGAUUGCACUAUGGUUCUUGGAAUCAAUGAUGGACAACUUGUGGAGUAUGAUGAGCCGAUGAAGUUAAUGAAGACAGAAGGCUCGCUUUUUGGGAAGCUGGUGAAGGAACACUGGUCUCAUUUCCAGUCUGCUGGAUCGCAUUGAUACUGAAAACUGUAGAAGCACAUAUUUUUUUUUUUUUUGGUUUUUUUUUUGGGUUG